CCCGUUCACAGUUCGCUCGCGACAGUCGUACGGAGCGCGUCCUGCGGAAACGUCAGAUGCGAUCAGCUGAUCGGAGCGUCGGGUUAUUUAUCUCCCCUAUCUCGCGCGUUUCUUACUUUUCCUCCUCUUUUCCUUCCCUUCGAUCUCGCCGCCGCCUCGUGGUCCGACUCGCGUGACACUUUCGCGCGAACUAUCACCACGAGGACCAACAACAAUUUUACGGCGAGGACUUUCCGAGACAAUGGCCGCGAUCAUCACGGACCGCGAUUACUACGACGGCUUCCGCACCUUCUCCUGGCUCGCGGACUUCGUCGGGCUGCCCAUCGACCAGGUGAAUUUCGUCUUGACACAAUUCACGGCACUUAUACUAGCCGGAUUAUUAAGAUCAUCUUUGAGCCCCAUCGCCGCUACUCCAGCUGCCAGACAUGUCUAUGGCCUUAUUAUUGGCCUUGCUCUUGGAUAUUUUUGUUUUGGCAGGCAAGCGAUUCAUCUCGCCAGUCUUCCCGCAUUAUGUUAUGUAGCAAUGCGCACACAAAAUCCACGCAAUAUGCAAAGGGUCGUUCUUGCAAUAGCGCUGAUCUACUUAUCGUGCAUUCACUUUCACCGACAGAUCUACGAUUACGGCUCCUACACCCUCGAUAUCACCGGUCCUCUUAUGGUUAUAACGCAGAAAGUGACUAGUCUCGCGUACAGCAUUCACGACGGGUUAACGCGACGCGAAGAGGAGCUGACACCGAUGCAACGUCAUCAGGCUGUGCAGAAGAUGCCGACCACUUUGGAAUACUUUAGCUACAUUUUCCACUUUCAAGCCCUAAUGGCUGGCCCAGUGAUUUUUUAUCGAGAUUAUAUCGAUUUUAUACACGGACAUCAUUUACCUGGCGCAAAAUCCUUAGCUACUUUCUACGAUAAAAAUAGCCAAGAGAAAGAAAUUGUUCUGGAACCAUCACCGACUCUAGUCGUCAUAAAGAAAGUCGUGGCGAGUCUAGCAUGCGCCAUUGUAUUCAUCACGUUUAUCCCGACUUUCCCGAUACAACGUGUGAAAGAGGACGAAUUCCUGGAGAACACGAGUAUACUUUACAAAAUAUGGUAUUUAAUGCUGACGACUAUGCUCGUACGCUUCAAGUACUAUCACGCUUGGCUGUUCGCCGAUGCUAUAUGCAACAAUUCUGGUCUCGGGUUUAGCGGUUACGAUGAACGGGGCAGCGCACGCUGGGAUUUGGCAUCGAACGUAGACGUUUAUAAGUUCGAGACAUCGCUUAAUCUCAGAGACAGCAUCGAAAGCUGGAACAAGGGCACAAAUUUGUGGUUGCGAUCGAUCAUGUACGAGCGAGCAGGUCGUAACAAAGUGCUCUAUACGUACGCCCUGUCCGCUCUCUGGCACGGUUUCUACCCUGGCUAUUAUCUAACGUUCGCCAGCGGGGCGUUCUUCACAAUGGCGGCACGUUCGGUCCGUCGUCACAUCAGACCGCUGUUUCUGGAUUCUCAACGAAAGAAGAUCCUUUACGAUAUAUUAACGUUCAUCACGACGAGAAUCGUAAUGGCCUACAUGACGUUCAGUUUUAUACUGUUAGAAUUUAUACCAAGCAUUAAAGUGUACCUGUAUUUGUACCUGUUCCCGCAUUUAUUGGGUUUGGUCGCGAUAAUACUUCCACCCCUUCUGGGACUGUCGCGAAAGGCGCACAAAAAACAGUCGGCCGAGACUGAUCUCUCCGAGGCUGCGAUUAGCAACGGAAACGCACACAAAACAAUGUAGUCUUCUUCUGAUCUUCACCACGACAUGUUAACAAAGACAGAUAUUUUUUAUGGAUGUUUUUAAUAAUAUAUACAAAUAUUAAAUGCAUACCUAUAUACAAAUAUUUCUUGUUACAACGCAAUUACAUAAUGUGAAAGUCUAUAUAUCGAGACGAUGUGCCGCGUGUGUGUAUGUAUACAUUACGAUUUUACUAGAAAACAGUUAACUUGGAAACUACUGAGACGUAUCGUUUUCUUUUUUCUAUGGCAAACAAAAGAAAUUUUAUAAUUCGCCUAAAUAUAUGGCUGUUUUAUCUA